AUGGCGCUCUCACCAGUCGUAACACACACCGUUGAAGCAACGCAGCCGCAAAGCUUCGGGCGCGCAAUCUCUUCGCCUCUAAAGAAUGUCACUUCGCAAACUUCUUCUUCCAAUGGAACGCCAAUGCCUCCUGUCACUUCUGCGCCUGCCCCGACGAGUAUUCCCACGACUCUCGAUCUUGCAGAGCAGAUGAACGAUGAGGAGAAGCGCAAAUACGUCAAGGGCAAGAAGCUCGGUGAGGGUACAUACGCCGUUGUCUUCCUAGGCCACUUGCGCUCCAAGCCUACCACUCUCGUCGCCAUCAAGAAGAUCAAGGUCCAGAAAGAGUACGAUGAGGGCAUGGCCCCCGACGCCGUCCGCGAAUUGAAGCACCUCCAGGAGCUCUCCCACCCAAACAUCAUCUCUCUCCUUUCCGUAUUCUCCUCCAAAGAUCAGAACCUCAACCUCGUCCUCGAGUAUCUUCCCCGCGGCGAUCUAGAAAUGCUUAUUCGCGAUACCGAAUCCGUGCGCUACGGUGCCGCUGAUAUCAAGACAUGGAUGGGCAUGCUCACUCGUGCCGUCUGGUUCUGCCACGAAAAUUUUGUUCUCCAUCGUGAUAUCAAGCCAAACAACUUGUUGAUCGCCGAGGACGGCGAAGUCAAGCUUGCUGAUUUCGGUCUUGCGCGAAGCUUCGCUGAUCCUCAUCAACUCAUGUCCUCGCGCGUCAUCACUCGCUGGUACCGACCUCCUGAGCUGCUCUUCGACGCGAAGCACUACAGCGGUGCUGUUGAUGUCUGGUCUGUUGGCACUGUGUUCGCUGAACUCAUUAUGCGUGCGCCCUAUCUUCCUGGUAACACAGACCUUGACCAAGUUCGGCUUGUCUGUGAGCUUGUCGGCACGCCCACCGACGAUAACUGGCCUGGCGUUACGAAACUCCCAGGCUAUGCUGUUCCUGGGCAACACCCGGUCCGUGGUAAGGACUGGUAUGAGAUGCGCUUCGGUACUGUUGGUUCUGACGGUGUGGACCUGCUGAUGAAGACACUUAUUCUCGACCCCAAGAAGCGCAUCACUGCCCGUGGCAUGCUUGAGCAUCCUUGGUGGCAUUCUGAGCCUAAGCCUACCCGCAAGCAAGAUUUGCCUCGAAAGGGUGGCGCAGGCGCCGAUGACAAGAUGGGCGCUGAUCUAAAGCGAAGGCCAGGCGUAAUUGACGAUGACAGGGGUUCCAAAGUCGCACGCAAGCUUGAUUUUGGCGGCAUGAAAUAG